GUGACUUUAUUUCUUUGAAAUUUGUAACAGAUAACAGGUUUAUGUUAUCAAAGGUGUACAGACGAUCAUUUCAAUUAUUUUCCGUUCAGUUUGAAAAUUUUGCAAACAGCAGAAUAGUUAAAAUGUCUACAUCCACUGGAAACAAAUCCGAACGGCUCAUCUGGAUAGAUUUGGAGAUGUCUGGUUUAGAUAUAGAGAAAGAAAGAAUAAUAGAAAUAGCAGCCAUUGUGACAGAUGCUGAUCUUAAUGUCAUUGCUGAGGGACCAAAUAUAAUCAUUCAUCAAGACCAGUCAUUAAUGGAUAGCAUGGGAAAAUGGUGUAAAGAUCACCAUGGAGCAUCAGGACUAACAAAGUCUGUAUUGGAGAGUAAAAUUAGUGAAAGUGAUGCAGAAAAUAAAGUUUUAGACUUUUUAAAAGAACACACAGAUGCUGGAAAAUGUCCUUUAGCAGGGAACUCAAUUGCUUGUGAUAAGAUGUUCUUAAUGAAAUACAUGCCUAAUUUAACCAAACAUUUUCACUAUAGGCUAGUAGAUGUUAGUACUAUCAAAGAACUAUGCAGGAGGUGGUAUAAACAAGUUUAUGAUGAUUCUCCUCCGAAGUCCCUGAAACACAGGGCUUUGGAUGACAUCAAAGAAAGCAUCAAAGAACUGAAAUAUUACAGAGAAAAAAUAUUUGUGAAAUAAAAUGUGGUACU